GUUUGAGUCCAUUCUGCAAAUUUUGCAUUUAUUCGACAUCAUCUGUCCUAUGAUCACAUCACCAGAGAUGCUGAAGGCUGACGUGAAGGUUGGACAGUCAUUCUUUGUUCCUUGCGUGCUGGAACAGAGAUAUGAUAACAAGUUGGCAUGGAAACAGAUGAUCAUCUCCACUUCCUGUCCUCCAUCUCUCAUCUUUCGUCCCGAAGGAUUUGAUGUGACUCCCGAGCCGAUCUACUUUCGCCUGGUGUCUCGUUGUGCCAGUGAAUAUGCCCAUCGUCCCAUACUGAAACGAGGUCAUGCUGUCUUCCACGUGAAUGAUGAUCUUGAGCUCGAUCUGGAACUGGUUUAUCAUAAACUGCGUUACAUUAUUGCUACCGUGUACUCUCCAGAUGAUGAAAUUUCUACGAAUGAGCUGAAACAACAUUGUAGCAUUACUCGUCAGUUUCUUAUUCGUCAGCUAAAUGAGGUCAAGAAAAGAGGAUUAGAUGGCAUCAAAUUUACUGUUUGUGUUAAUCCUCCACCAGCUGAAGCCGAAGUAGCUGAUUUAAUAGAUGACGAUUGUCUGGUGUGCAUUGAUGAUUAUCCACAGAAAAAAAGUUUGAUAAACCAGAAGAAUGAGCGUGUGUCACGAAGGCAGUUUCCUGCUUUGGAUCUCUGGUUUAAUGAUGCAGGGAAAGUCUCUGAUGGUGCAAUUGGAUGCUAUGCAAGACAACAAGAUGAGCCACAGACAAAUGUUGGAAAUGGAGAUGAUGAACAGCAGGACAUCAAAGAACCGCUAAGGAAGAAAAGAAAAUUGAUCGUAAAGGAAGUAUCAGGACACUCACCUGAUCUUGAUACAGUGAGAGAUGCUGUUGUUAAACAUGGCUGUACUCAGUGGUAUGAGAUUGGACUCAAAUUGGGACUAAAUGGCAAUGAGAUCAUAGAUAAAACUCAUACAAUACCUACUUCCACUGGCAAGUUGUUGGCUGUCAUUGAGGCAAAAAGGAUCAUGAAAGAUGGAAAAGUGAAAACAGCAGAGGACUUGUUGAGGGCAUUUUAUUUCAUAUGCACACCAAUUGGCAAAGAAGUCGAAGACGAAUUGAAGAAAGAUUGAGAAAGGUAAGCAAGUACCAACAGGAGACAAUGAUGGAAGUGAACACUAGUGCAGUAGUAUUGUUGAUAUCGCUAUGGUAUAUUGGACAUUUACAUUUAUCAAAAGAAAAAAUUGUAAAUAGACAAUAUUUCUGUUGCAUUUUUGAUGAAAUACAAUUGAUUGUUUGAAUGGUA